AUGGACACAAGACAGAAUGCACCUAGGCCAACUAAUCAGGCAAGAGCAAUAACACAGCUCAGAUUGACAGAAGGUCAACAGAUCGAAAAAGGCAAUCGAUGCAAUGAAGCGCUGGCACCUGCAAUCAUAUACAGAACUUGGUGCCAACAAGAAAAUCCAGUACAUGCGGCUCCCAAAUAG